CACUGAUCGGUGAAAUACAGGAGUCCGAGCUCGGAAUAGAACAAAGUAUUUAAACAACCGUUAACUGCAUAGACUUGCGUGCCGCUCAUUUAGGUGUCGUAAAAAUGGUUGUUUGACAUCUUGUGAAAUUUACACUCUACCCACUGAUAAGCAAAUAUGAUUGCUAUUGAUGAAAUUAUAAGCCAUGGAGAAGACAAUCCCUUCAGAAUUCUAAAGCCAUGGUGGGAUGUGUUUGCAGAGUAUCUUAUCAUAUUUAUGAUCAUGAUAUCAGUUUUUGCAGGAACUCUACAGAUGUGGUCAUCUGAAAUAAUAUGCAUACCAGUGCCAGAGGGUUUCAAUGCAACAACUAUGACAUGGAACAGUUCAAGGAACCAACAGGAUGCAACUAUAAAUCGAAUGGAUCGUCAGCAGUAUGAUUUAAUAGACCAGUGGUGCUAUGACAAUGCCAUUCUUUGGUACUCAAAGUACUUUGCAUACAUAAUCUUAAUCCACACACUUAUAUUUCUAGUAAGUAGUCAUUUCUGGUUUAAAUUUCCUGGAACUAGUUCGAAAAUUGAACACUUCAUAAAUAUACUUGGUAAAUGUUUAGAUUCACCAUGGACCACCAAAUCACUCUCUACUGUGUAUGAAGAUAUCCAAAAAAAGGAAGAGGGCAGUUCAAGGUCUGAGAGUGCUGUUUAUUCAUCUUCUAUCCAGAGUUCAGCCAGUGCUUUCUCCUCUCCAUUACCUAGAGAGAGGACGUCAAUAGCACCAGAGAACGUUGAAUCAAAUGUACAAAAAAAUGGUGGCGUGUUUGGGAAUCCAACAGCUAGAAUGCUUGACAAACUGGAAUGUGAACAAGCAAAAGCUUUAUUUGAGAAAGUUAAAAAGUUUCGACUUUACACUGAAAAAGGUGAUAUUCUCUACAAGAUGUAUACGAGACAGACAAUGCUGCGUUUGUUUCAGGGUUUUAUAAUAACAACUUAUGUCUGGGUAUUGAGUCCCAAUAUCCUGUAUAUUGUACAUUGCAUAGAUGAUGUCCAAGUGACAGGAUUUCGUGAGUUUUUUUGUAUUCACGCAUUAAGGAGAAUGUACACAAUGUUAUCUUAUGUGUACAUAGCAGUAAUUUGCCUAUACAUGUGUACUUGUAUUUACACAUUGUACUGGAUCUAUUUCUAUAAACUUAAGGAUUACUCAUUUGAAAAGGUGCGUGAUGAGACAGGAAUUAAUGAUAUUCCAGAUGUCACAAAAGAUUUUGCUUUCCUACUUCAUUUAAUAGAUCAGUAUGAUAAACUGUAUGCAAGGAAAUUUGCUGUUUUUCUGUCAGAUGUCAGUGAAAACAAACUGCGUCAGUUGAACUUGAAUUAUGAAUGGUCAACUGAGAAACUUGAAAUGCGCAUAGUUACCAACACAGACCAAAAAAAAGAGUUGCAUCUUUUCAUGCUGCCUGGAAUUCCAAAUUCUACUUAUGAAAUGGUUCAGCUGGAAGUAUUGAAAUUAGAACUUAUAAAUGACAUUUCCAUUGGUCAAGGCAUCUCACAACUAAAGUCACUAAAUGAAUUGUGGCUAUACAACUGUACUAUUAAAGUGGAAAACAAAGCUCUUGUGUUUUUAAAAGUCAACUUACUCAUCAUGAGAGUCAAGUUUUCAAAAAUUGAAGAAAUACCCCAAUGGAUGUACAAUCUCAGUAACCUCAAAGAACUGCACUUAGAAGGUGAUUUGCAAACUGACAGUAGAACUUGUGUGUUGCAAUCUAUGCGCGAUCUAGAACGUCUUCAGCUACUUCAUCUAAAGACCAAUGUAAUUAAAGUACCUUUGACGAUUACUACUGAUAUUGCUCAACACCUUUUGCAUCUCACCAUUAACAAUCAGGGUACCAAGUUGCUGUCUUUGAACAGUGUGAAGAAGUUUUAUGUUCUUGCAACCUUAAAGUUAAUUUCCUGUAAUUUGGAAAGGAUUCCAAGUGCAAUCUUCAGUUUAAGCCAUCUUACUGAGCUAGAUUUGAAAGAUAACAAUUUGAAGUCUAUUGAAGAAAUUGCCAGUUUUCAGCAUUUUUGUAAACUGAGAAUACUCAAACUCCACUACAAUUCAAUUGUUGACAUCCCAUUGUACAUUGCAAAGGUAGCAUCUGUUGAAAUGCUUUACCUCAACAAGAACAAGAUUUCUGAACUUCCACCACAUCUGUUCAAAUUAUCAAAAUUGUUUCACCUCGAACUUGGAUUCAACUGCAUUAAAGAGAUCCCUGCUGAAAUUGAAGAACUUGAGGAGCUGCAGUACCUUGGUAUUGACAACAACAGUAUCACGAAAUUACCUCAAGAACUUUUCAAGUGCACCAAACUUCGAGUCCUUAUUCUUUCACAUAACCUAUUGACUCAAAUACCACCUAACAUUGAAAAACUGACUCAUCUCCGACAGCUAGAGAUUGCUGGAAACCAAUUAUCUGAGCUUCCUCCUGAACUUGGAAACUGUGCGUGCCUGAAACGAGAACACUUUUUAGUGGAAGAAGAGUACUUUAACACAUUGCCACAUACUGUUAGAGAGGGGUUUGUAAAGUAGACACCCUAAUAUAGCUAUGGCUUUUUGUUGUAACACUUACAAGCUCUUGUCAUUACACUUUAAUGAUACUGGUAACUUUUUAAAAAAAAAAUACCAUAUUAAGGAAAGUGUUUUUAUUGUACUGAGAAAGAAAUACUUUAACCUCGACAAGUGUUCAGAAAUAUUUUCCAAAUACUGUAUGUAUAUGUAACUACUUUGGAAUUAUCAUGGCCUUUGUUUUACAAUCUUACAUUUAUUAACAUUUCCAAAGUGUCAAAUGUUUUAUUAUAUUGAAUAUAAUAAGUCAAAAUAUACAAUAUAUUUACAACAACUUUUG